CAGAAGUAAAGUUUAAGGAUAUUGACUCUUAACUGUGGAGUGCUUCUGAUUUUGCUCUGCCUGAGGUUUAGAUAAUCUAUGAAAGAAGCUUCAAGCGUCUUUGUUUCAAUGACCCCGAGAUGGGAAUUCCAAGUUCAUGAAAUAGCUCAAAGCAGUUUUAGAAGUGCUAGCCACCUAUUUAGUUAUAUUUCUAAUCAAAAUCAGAAGAGAAACAUUCAAGAAGUGAGUCUUAUUGCUGAAGAUGCUGUAAAUGGAUUGAAAAAAUUGGUUACACUUCUCGAUCGAUCAAUGCAGCAGCAGCCUGAUUGCAAGAGGAUCAGGAGGGGUCCUUUGCCAUAUUCCAAUAACAUAAAUCCAAUUCAAUUCAUGGAUAGUCCUGUCUCUAUGUCUCAGAAUUCUGUUUCCUACUCAAACCAUUCACAAAUAAUUAGACAGCUAAUCCCUCUCCAGAGUAUUCAAUCAAGUAGUGCUUUGAUUCCCACCAAUGGUUUCAACUUGUACAGUCAGACUGAUCCUGUGGACUCGGUCAAAUUGAUGAUGAGGUUGAACCAUUCUUCACAACAUGUUCACAGAAAGAUAAUUCAUCACUCUUACUCAUCAUCGGAAGUUGUGGGUUCUGAGGAUGAGCUGUCUAUUUUGUCUUCCAAGAGCAAGACUGGCACAGCAUGUGUAGCUUCAACUGGUGGAUAUCACUGCUCCAGGCGAAGGAAGCUGAAAAUAAAGAAAACUAUUCGAGUUCCAGCUGUGAGCAAUAAACUAGCUGAUAUACCUCCCGAUGAUCAUUCAUGGCGAAAAUAUGGACAGAAGCCUAUUAAAGGAUCUCCACAUCCUAGGAGCUAUUACAAAUGCAGCGGGAUGAGGGGCUGCCCUGCUAGAAAACAUGUUGAACGAUGUGUGGAGGAUCCUUCCAAGUUGGUCGUCACUUAUGAAGGAGACCAUAAUCACCUGAUAAGUCGGUGAACAGGGUCUAGUUAAGUAUAUGCUUCUUUUUUGGUGUAAUCAGAAUGCGAAAAUAAUAAUAAUAAUAAUAAUGUGCGUCGUAAAUGUAUACAUUUGCCAUUUACAUAUUAAAGUUUGAGUUCGAGAUUUAGCAAUCUCUUUACUGGAUGGGCCAAGUGAACUCCUAUUUUGAACUUUAUUUGCCAACAAGAAAGGCCUCUACUCUAAAGCAUCCAAUAGUCAAAGCGGAGUUGGCUCUUAAACUUUUGAUUAAACAAAUAUUUUGUUGGUAAUAAAGAACAUGUCAAU